CUCACCUCUGCAGACAUCAGCCACCAAGCAGCCCUGCACGUUUUCUCGGAGAACAACUUUUUUGGAAGGAUUUAGCAGAAAAGCACACGGGAAAUGAGCUCUGCGUGUUUAGUAGUCAAGCAGCCUUCCUUCGGCGCUGCUCCGUGGUCGCGCCCGGUCACAGUGAACAACCUCCCGGUCUCCAACACCAGUCAGACACCACUAUGGAGACCUUGGUUAUCCAGCAGCACUGAUUCAGGAAGAUUUCAGAGGAGCAGACUAGCCUGUCCUUACUCCAGACCCACCGUUCCCGGCUGCUUUUCUUCCAAUGGGAAACCUCAAAUGUUCCAGCACCCAGUCAGACUGUUCUGGCCUAAAUCCAAAUCGUUUGACUACCUGUACAGCGAUGGAGAAGCACUGCUCAGAAACUUCCCAGUUCAAGCCACGAUCAGUUUUUACGAAGACUCCGACAGCGAAGACGAAGACGAGUAUGAUGAAGAGUCUGAGGAGGAGGAGUGUGUUAAGCCAAGCUCCCAUUUCACCACACUCAACUGAGGAAGAUUAUCAAAAUCAGGACUGCAAGAUGGCCGUGCUGACUACUGGACUUUUAACAGGUUUUGAAGCACAAGUUACAAUAAGAAAGAAAGAAAAUAUUUGAGUUUUG